CUUCCCGCCAUUUUCUGGCCGGGAGGGGAACCGCCAUUACCGCGCCGCAGCCGCCACAGGGCGGGGGAAGCGCUAUUUAACUCUCCUAAUUACCCCCCCCCUCAGUUAAUUAAACCCCCCCUUGUUAAUUAACCGAGCGGGGAAUCCCCUCAGGGCCCACAGAGCUUUCCAGCCUUUGGGAGGGGGAAGGAAAAUGGCGGCGGCCGCAUUCGGAGCUGCGAAGCCGCGGCUGGGGACGGAGGCGGUGGGAUGAGGCGACCCUACACAAACAAAGGGGCGUGGCCAUCGGGCAAGGCCAGCGGGGUGUUACAUCAUCCCGCGGGAAAAGGGGGCGGGGCUCCCCUAAACCACGCCCCACCGGGGGGGGGAAUGGACACCCGAAUGCCUAGGUCUUGAUCUGUUUGCCCCCCCCCCCCCCCCCGCCCCUUGCCCCCCCCUCUUUUCAGUGGGAUUAUAAGGGGCGUCCCCCAGCUGGGGGGGGCCCCAGGGCUGACCCAGAGCAGCAGCAGGGAUGCAGAAAGUCAUCGGACGGCUGGGGGGGUGCGUCCCCCGUGUCCCCCCCCGGCGGGCUUUCAGCGGGGGGGUCCCGACGGAAGGCGGGGAAGCCCUGGGGGCUUUGCCCCCCCCCGCCCGCCAAUUCGUGGAGGAGGGGGUUCGCCUCUGCCGCCCCCGCGCCCUCCACCUCUGCGACGGUUCCCCCGCCGAGGGGGCCGCCCUCCUGAGCCAGCUCCAGGCCGAGGGGGUCCUCCACCCCCUCCCCAAAUACGACAACUGCUGGCUGGCACGGACGGACCCCCGGGACGUGGCGCGGGUGGAAAGCCGGACGGUGUUGGUGACGGAGCGGGAACGGGACGCCAUCCCCCCCAAACCCCCCGGGGGGGGACCCCAACAGUUGGGUAACUGGAUGAGCCCCCCCGCCUUCGAGCAGGCGGUGCAGGAGCGCUUCCCCGGAUGUAUGGAGGGCCGGACGAUGUACAUCCUCCCCUUCAGCAUGGGUCCCGUGGGCUCCCCCCUGGCCAAGGUGGGGCUCCAGCUCACCGACUCGCCCUACGUCGCCGCCUCCAUGCGCAUCAUGACGCGCGUCGGACCCCAAACCUUCCCCGCCCUCGCCCGCGACGACUUCGUUCGCUGCCUCCACUCCGUCGGCCGGCCCCUUCCUCUCCGCGAGCCCCUCGUUAGCCAGUGGCCCUGCGACCCUGCCCGGACGCUGGUGGCUCACCUCCCCGACCAACGGCGCAUCGUUUCCUUCGGGAGCGGAUACGGAGGAAAUUCCCUCCUGGGAAAAAAAUGCUUCGCCCUUCGCAUCGCUUCCCGCCUGGCUCGCGACGAGGGCUGGCUGGCCGAGCACAUGCUGAUCCUGGGCGUGACGGACCCGGCGGGCAGGAAACGCUACGUGGCAGCCGCCUUCCCCAGCGCCUGCGGUAAGACCAACCUGGCCAUGAUGACCCCGGCCCUCCCCGGUUGGCGCGUCCACUGCGUCGGCGAUGACAUCGCCUGGAUGAAGUUCGACGCCGAAGGCCGCCUCCGCGCCAUCAACCCCGAGAGCGGCUUUUUCGGCGUGGCCCCGGGGACGUCCAUGCGCACCAACCCCAACGCCAUGCUCACCAUCCAGAGCAACACCAUCUUCACCAACGUCGGCCAAACCAGCGACGGCGGCGUCUACUGGGAGGGUAUCGACCAACCGUUGAACCCCGGCACCGCCCUCACCUCUUGGUUGGGUCAACCGUGGACACCUGGUGACCCUCAACCUUGCGCCCAUCCCAACUCUCGGUUCUGCGCCCCGGCCAAUCAGUGUCCGAUCAUGGACCCGGCUUGGGAAGACCCCGAGGGCGUCCCCAUCGACGCCAUCAUUUUCGGGGGGCGGAGACCCGAAGGGGUGCCCUUGGUCUACGAGGCCUUCAACUGGCGCCACGGCGUCUUCGUCGGAAGCGCCAUGAGGAGCGAGGCCACCGCCGCCGCCGAGCACACCGGCCGCCGCCUGAUGCACGACCCCUUCGCCAUGAGACCUUUCUUCGGUUACAACGCCGGGCAGUAUCUCGCUCACUGGUUGGCCGUCGGCGAACGAGAAGGAGCCCGCCUCCCGCGCAUCUUCCACGUCAAUUGGUUCCUCAGGGACGGCGCCGGUCGGUUCGUUUGGCCGGGUUUCGGUCACAACGCCCGCGUCCUGGCUUGGAUCUGUAGCCGGGUGGCGGGAGAAGACAACGCCAGAACGACGCCGGUGGGGUUGGUACCUCGAGAAGACGCGUUGGAUCUCGGCGGUCUUCCCGGCGUCUCCUACGCCGAUCUCUUCCCCGUCUCCCGGCCUUUUUGGGAGAAGGAGGCGCGAGAGUUGCGGCGUUACUACGAGGAGAAUUUCGGCGAAGACCUGCCCGAGGAGGUGAUGGGAGAGUUGCGCGCCCUGGAGGAACGGGUCAAGAAGAUGUGAGGGACGGGCGGGCGCCGGCGGGCGACCGCCGUGGGGUGGUGGCCGUCAUCGUUGGGUUGACCGUCAUGAGGUGGUGGCCAUCAUCGUUGGUUGACCGUCAUGAGUUGGUGGCCAUUAUCUUUCGUUGACCAUCACGAGUUGGUGGCCAUCAUCUUUGGUUGACCAGCACCGGUUGGUGGCCAUCAUCGUUGGUUGACCGUCACGAGUUGGUGGCCAUCAUCUUUGGUUGACCAGCACCGGUUGGUGGCCAUCAUCGUUGGUUGACUGUCAUGAGUUGGUGGCCAUCGUCUUGGUUGACCAUCACGCGUUGGUGGCCAUCGUCUUGGUUGACCAUCACCGGUUGGUGGCCAUCAUCUUUGGUUGACCAUCACGUGUUGGUGGCCAUCAUCCUUGGUUGACCAUCACCGGUUGGUGGCCAUCGUCUUUGGUUGACCGUCACCGGUUGGUGGCCACCAUCUCCAUUGACCAGAAGCUCCGGCCCCUGUCUCCAGCGAUGACAUCAUUGUGACCCUCGUGACCACCCACCGUGACCUCUUGCCGGCCAUCUUCUCCCCUUGCCUGGGGGCCGUGGUUGGCUGCCCCUGGUUGGCUGAUGUCUCCCUUGAUUGGACCUCGUCGCCUGUUGGCUGAUGCCCUUGACCUUCAGCCGAGGUCACCACCUUCCCAUUGGUGGCCUCUCUUGACCAAUGGCCACAUCCCAUUGGCCUGUGGCCCUGCCCCCUUCUCCUCUUGUUGGCCAACCUCUCGUGGUUGGCUGAUGACCCACUGUGAGCUGGGUGGUUGCCACGCCCCCUUGGGUGGCCUCUCUAUUGGCCAAUGGCUGUUGCCUGUUGACCAGUGGCCCCGCCCCCUUGCCCCACCUCCUCCCGUGGACCAAUGAGCCUGUCCCAUUGGCCAAUCCCUUCGUUGACCAAUUGGUGCCGCCCCCUUGAUGGACCAACGCAUCCCAUUGGCCAACGCCCUGGUUGGCUGCUGACCUCACGCCCUCCGCUCCCAUUGGCAGCUGAGCAAGCCUCAGGGACCGCCCCCCGGGGUGGGCGGGGCCUUGCCCAUGUGCCUUGGGGGCGGGGCCUGGACGGACCAAUAAAAGAGCCCCUUGAGGGGGGGCUCGGACUGGA